AUGCAGUUUGUGAUUGACACUUCUGGCGCAACGAAGACCUCUGUGCUCUUAGCAAUAACUGCAAUGUGCUCUGAUAAUUGGUUGUCAAUGAAAAUAAGGCCUUUUGAUAACAACACAGAAAUUAGAAUUGGCGACAUACACCUGGGAGAUAACUGUCCUGUAACAAGACUGUUGUCAUUUAACUACAAGUUUUCUUAUCCUGUCACUUCUUGUGGGAUCAAGAAAAUUAUGUUCCAAACAAAUGAUGACGCCAUAUUAUCAGAGAUCAGUUACAGACCAAGGUUGCAUACUACCUAUGAAUUUCCAGUGGUUUGCUUUGUGAAGAGGCUUAAAUUCCCAUCUGUGAUGCAUUUUGGAAUGAGUGGGUUUGAUGCCAACACCUUGAAAGAAAUCCCUCAAAAAACAAAAGGACAAGAGUCACCAGCUCCCACACAAAGUAAAACAUGGACACCUAAUUUUAAUAGUGUUAAUAAGGAGCAACUAUCCAAGAAGUCACUGUAUCAAUAAUGCCUGUGUUAUAACACC